AUGGAUAAAACUAGGAUAGCCAAGGUCCCUACUUCUUAUCCCUCCCUUGCGCUCUUAAUAUACGUAGAUGAGGUCACUCUAUUCCGCCGGGGAGAGAAGGCAAUAGGAAGUCUUCACCUUACUCCUCACCAUAUUGUCUUCUCAUAUAUUCCACCCCAAAAAGAAUCAACUGGAGAGCAUUCCAAGGAAAAGCUGGCUGUGAGCCAUAAGGAGAUAUGGAUCACAUAUCCUAUCAUCUGUCUCUGUACCUACAGACCAGCUUCUUCUGCAUCACGUCAGCCAGCAUCAAUACGCCUGCGCUGCCGCGAUUUCAGCUUUAUGUGUUUUACUUUUCCCAAUGAGGCAAGGAGUAGAGACGUGUAUGAGACUAUAAGGACAUGGACAUGCAAACUUGGAAGCAUAGAGAAGCUCUAUGCUUUCACGUUUCAGCCUCCUGCAGCUGAGCUUGCUUUGAACGGGUGGGAGCUAUAUAAUCCCCGCAAAGAAUGGGCUCGUCUUGGAGUGGGCAGAGCAGACCAGGAUUCUAACUGGCGAAUAUCCUGUAUCAAUACAGAUUAUAAGUUUUCACCCACAUACCCUGCCCUCCUCCCAGUUCCAGUCAAUAUAUCCGAUAAUACAAUAAACUACGCCGGGAGAUAUCGCUCAAGAGCACGGAUUCCAGUUUUGACCUAUCUUCACCCCGUCAACAACUGCUCCAUAACACGCUCAUCUCAGCCGCUUGUUGGCGUACGAAAUAACCGCAGCAUCCAGGAUGAAAAACUUCUUGCCGCUAUCUUUUCAACUUCCCGACAGGAUCGCCCAGUAGCAAGCGCAUCACCCCCAUCCUUAGAGACAGAAUCCUCCAACUCAAGCGCAGAAGAGCAGUUUGGAGCUAACUCUGACUUUGAGUUCUCAAAUGCGGAGGAGCUGGAGGAUGAAGUGAUAGCAGCCGCUAGAAAUGAUAUUAAGGACUAUAAGACACAAAUAUAUGGAGCCCAACAAAACAACUUAAUCGUCGAUGCUCGCCCUACUGUGAAUGCCCUUGCGAUGCAGGCCGUCGGGUUGGGAUCCGAAAACAUGGACAACUAUAAAUUUGCUGCUAAGGCUUACCUGGGCAUUGACAAUAUCCAUGUUAUGAGGGACUCUCUUAGUAAAGUAAGUGAAGCGCUUAGGGAUUCCGAUAUCAGCCCGUUGCCGCCAAACCGAGACCAGUUACUGAAAAGCGGGUGGCUCAAAUACAUCGCUGUCAUUCUUGAUGGGGCAGCCUUAAUCGCCCGUCAGGUUGGCCUACAACAUUCACAUGUGCUUAUUCAUUGUUCCGACGGAUGGGACAGAACUGGCCAACUCAGCGCCCUGAGCCAAUUGUGUUUAGAUCCAUAUUACAGAACUUUGGAAGGAUUCAUGGUUCUUGUUGAAAAGGACUGGCUUGCAUUUGGACACAUGUUUCGUCAUAGAUCAGGACAUCUAAACAGUGAUAAGUGGUUCCAAGUCGAGAACGAUCGGGGCAGCGACUCUGCGAGAGGUGCUUUUGAGGGGGGAGUAGCCGGGAAAGCCCUCGAGAAUGCUCUACUCAGCGCAAAAGGAUUCUUCAACCGGGAUAACGUGAGCCGAGAGUCGUUGGUAGAACCUGAUGGUGACAAGGCCGAGCCGGACUCCUUAAGUGCAAAGCGGGCGACUUCCAAUCCAAAAUCACCAGUCAGUGAUAGUGAUAUGACAAAACCCAAGGAAACUAGUCCUGUAUUCCACCAAUUCUUGGAUGCUACCUAUCAGCUUCUCUACCAACACCCUACUCGUUUUGAGUUCAACGAACGUUUUCUCCGUCGGUUGCUCUAUCAUCUCUACUCCGGCCAGUAUGGCACAUUCCUUUACAACAGCGAAAAGGAACGUGUUGAUCGUGGAGCCAAAGAAAAGACUCGCAGUGUCUGGGACUACUUCCUAGCCAGGAGAAGCCAGUUCAUCAACCCCGAAUAUGACCCUCUAAUCGACGACAACAAACGCGGCAGCGAGCGUUUACUCUUCCCUCGCACAUACGAAGUCAGAUGGUGGGCUGAAUCAUUCGGACGUAACGAUUCCGAAAUGAACAACCCUCGCAUAGCAAACAGCGGUGUUUUGGUUGAAAGAGACUGCCCGAGUGGAUCGAUGACCCCCAUGAUUGCGGUCGAAACUUCUGAUCGCUCGGCUGCCCCCGCUACUGUCUCCCAGCAGCCAGCGGCAUCUCAACCAACUACGAUCGGCCCUACAACUAGUAUCACCUCUCUUGCGGCUAAUAUAUCUGGUUUAAGUUUACCUGUAGGGAAAGGGGACCAUCCUGGGCCAACCAAAGCACGAGAGAUGGAGGCGGUAGAAAUGACGUAG